ACGAAUUCUUCUAUCUGCUCUUGUGUCUCUUAUUUUGUGCUUAGUUUUAUCCCCUUCAGCUAUGACAUGUUCAAAUUUCAUCUUAAACUUAAAAGGCAAAAGCAACACCUCAGAACAUGGAAUAGGAAAGUUUUUGGCAAUAUUUUUUUAUAAAGGUUUCUUGAGGUCGUGCAGUGACAUGAAGGAUCGCCUACAGAUCUUCCAUGGCAAAGAAGAUGUUUAUUUUGUGACUAGGGGGCAACCCUUUCUGCACCAAAUCCAGAUGACUUUUGAACUCAAAUGGUCCACUAUCUUCUUCCUGAAGCAUGGCCGGGGUAGAGCACUGCAGCUCGCCAUGUCAUCAUGCCGGUGUAGAGGAGCAGCCAAUUAAACCCACUACAUAUGAGAUAAGUACUGCUACCUGCAAUGAUGUUACUGGCCCUUCUUGAUCUCGCACCACGCUAUUGUUCCCUCACUCCAUUACUGUGAUUUUUUUGAUCUUUCUAACCCAAACAUUCGAACUGAAGUGUUAAUUGACCAUGCUUUUGUAAUGGACAACAUUGAACUGUUUUUUUUCCC